AUGAGUUAUACCCCCAUAGAUCCCAAUGUUUUUAACCAGCAGCAGCAGCAAGUUGCCACAGUUUUAUGUUGCAACUGUGGUGUUCCAAUGGAUGGUUCUGCUGGUCUAGUUAUGUGUUAUGAUUGUAUUAAAAUGACAGUUGAUAUUACACAAGGUAUCCCUCGUGAAGCUAACAUCAGUUUCUGUAGGAAUUGUGAGCGAUUUUUGCAACCACCUGGCCAAUGGGUUAGGGCUCAGCUAGAAAGUAGAGAACUAUUAGCAUUGUGUUUACGUAGGUUAAAGGGGUUGACCAAAGUUAGAUUAGUUGAUGCAUCCUUUAUAUGGACAGAACCACACAGUAGAAGAAUUAAAGUAAAAUUGACUGUCCAAGGUGAAGCAAUGGCGAACACAAUUAUUCAACAAACUUUUGAAGUUGAUUAUAUUGUUGUUGCUAUGCAGUGUCCUGAUUGUGCCAGGUCGUACACCACUAAUACUUGGAGGGCUACUGUCCAGAUUAGACAAAAAGUCCCACACAAAAGAACAUUUUUGUAUCUAGAACAGUUGAUUUUAAAACAUAAUGCCCAUGUCGAUACCAUUUCUAUCCAAGAGAGUAAAGAUGGUCUAGAUUUUUUUUAUGGACAAAGAAACCAUGCCACUAAAAUGUUAGAUUUUUUAAACUCUGUUGUUCCAAUUAAAUUCAAAAGAUCUGAAGAAUUAAUUUCUCAAGAUAUCCAUACUGGGUCUUCUACCUACAAAUUUUCUUAUUCUGUAGAAAUUGUUCCAAUCUGCAGGGACGACUUGGUUGUUUUACCUAAAAAAUUGGCUAAAACUUUGGGGAAUAUUUCACAAUUUGUCCUAUGUUCCAAAGUCACAAACACUCUUCAAUUUUUAGACCCAAAAACUUCACAAACGGCCGAGCUAAGCGCACAAGUGUAUUAUCGUUUUCCAUUUGAUUCUCUAGCUGAUACAUCACAAUUGGUUGAAUUUAUUGCCUUAGAUGUUGAUCCAACUGGGGAAGUCAAAGGUAAAAAAGUAUUGGCUGAUAUUACUGUGGCUAGAGCAUCUGAUUUGGGUGUUAAUGAUCAAAUUUAUUACGUAAGAUCACAUUUAGGCGCUAUCAUUCAUCCAGGGGACAGUGUAAUGGGUUAUUUUGUAGCAAACUCCAAUUAUAAUAAUAGUUUAUAUGAUUCUUUGAAUAUAGAUUAUGUCCCUGAUGUUGUUUUGGUUAAAAAAUUAUAUGUUAGAAAGACUAAGAAGAAUAGAAACUGGAAAUUGAAAAGAAUGGCUAAAGAACACAAGGAAAUUGACGCUUCUGUUGAUUACACUUCAAAACAAAAUAAUCAAGAAAUGGAGCGUGCUGAAAAGGAUUAUGAAUUGUUCUUGCAAGAAUUAGAAGAAGAUCAAGAAAUGAGACAAACCAUCAAUUUGUAUAAAAGUCAAAAUACGCAAAGCGCUGUUCCGCAUGAUGAUACUGAAGUUGAUGAAGACGAAGAUGCCCCACAAAUUGAUAUUGAUGAAUUAUUAGAUGAAUUAGAUGAAAUGACUUUGGAAGAUAAAGCAGGAAACGUUUAA